CCAGGCCUUCUCCACGGAAAUCCAACUUGACCACUUACAUUUUUAAUGUCUCAAUUUCUCUUACUUUCCCAACAAAAACUCUCAUAUUUCCAUGAAAGCUUUGCUCAUACCUCGAUCCCUAUAUAAUGCCUCCCUUCUCUUGUCAACCCCAAAACUCCUCCCACCCAAUUUCUCUACUCACAACCACAACACCCUCUUGAAUCCCAUGGCUGCUUGCAUCAACACUUCCCGAGCCAACACAUCCACAAACCAGCCACUCCCUCGCGACCAUGAAACACAAUACAAUUUCAUCAAGUACGACUGUCGUGUUUCCGAUCAAGUUUCCCACAUACCCAUUUGCCAGAACCGAACAAAAACCACGCAGACUCGCAGACUGGUGGAUGAUCUGGACCCAGAGGAAGAAAGGGGCGAUGCUUUAUGGCUCAAAAUGCAAGACGAAGCCCGCUCGGAUAUUGAUCAGGAACCCAUUUUGUCUAGCUACUAUUACACUUCUAUUUUGUCUCACACCUCUCUGGAAAGCGCCUUGGCUAAUCAUAUGUCUGUCAAGUUGAGCAAUUCUAGUCUUUCCAGUAGUACCCUUGUGGAUAUUUUCAUGGGGGUGUUUCUAGAAGAUGGGGAAGUCAUUAGGGCUGUGAGGGAUGAUUUAAGAGCAGUGAAGGAGAGAGACCCAGCUUGCAUUAGUUAUACUCAGUGCUUCUUGAAUUUCAAGGGCUUUUUGGCUUGCCAGUCACAUAGGGUGGCACAUAAGUUGUGGUCACAGGGCAGGAAGGUGUUGGCCUUGUUGAUUCAGAACAGGGUUUCGGAGGUUUUCGCUGUGGAUAUUCAUCCCGGGGCGAAAAUCGGACAUGGGUUGUUGCUGGAUCAUGCUACUGGUUUAGUGGUGGGGGAGACGGCGGUGAUUGGGAACAAUGUGUCAAUUUUGCACAAUGUGACAUUGGGAGGGACUGGGAAGGUGUGUGGGGAUAGGCAUCCGAAAAUUGGUGAUGGGGUGCUUAUAGGGGCAGGGACUUGUAUUUUGGGGAACAUUAGAAUUGGGGAGGGAGCUAAGAUUGGGGCUUGUUCUGUGGUGCUGAAAGAUGUGCCAGCAAGAACUACUGCAGUUGGGAACCCAGCUAGGUUGAUUGGAGGGAAGGAGAAUCCAAAGAAGCUUGACAAGAUGGCUAGCUUCACUAUGGACCAUACUUCCCACAUAACUGAGUGGUCUGAUUAUGUUAUUUAGAGAGGGGUUUACAUUUUUAGUUGUUCGGCCCUUUGCAAUAUCAAUUAGUUGGUAUUUGUAACCUUAUUGUUUGUGGUGUAAGUGAGAACCCAAGUUCUCCUAAUAGCAAACAGAGAGGCGUUAAGCUGAUAAAAAUGUGUUGAAGCAGCUGGUUCGUGCUGGUGUAUCAUUUAUCAGUUCUGGCCUGUGAUCGUAGUGAGAACUGAGGUUCUCCUAUUGGCAAACAGAGUCUUAGAGGUAAACAGCUGCCUUGUGAUUAUAUGUACUAUUCUGUAUCAUCUCGUGGUAUUAAUAUGAAGUUAUGAAGUAGUUUCUUUA